ACGCUCCAGUCGGAGAACGGCGGCAAUCAGUGUAACAGUGGGACUCCGGCGAUAAUGGCUAAUUAUGGCAUUUUUGGAGCUGCGAUGUUUUUGGCGGCGAUGGUGGUAAUUUCAGUCCCACGAGUGGAUUCCUACCAGCUGAACGGAGAACCGCUGCUGUUGGAAUUCGGGAAUUUUGUGGCCGCGGACAGAACGUGCUUUCUGAAGAAGAUCUUCCGGGGGCAGAAGAGUCCAUACACGCUGAAUUUUAACAACCCUGCAAAUACAAACAUUGAUUACAUCAAACUGGAGUCGGCCAUGACCAACAAGAAGGGCUCAGUGAAUGCGGAAAUUAUUCGAGGUGCUGUCGGGACAAUCUCGGUCUCUUUGAUGGUUUCGGAGGCCAGCGGGAGAAGCACUUUUACCAACGACGUACAAGUGCAGAUGCUGUGUCCAUAAUGAUUGAUAGGUUAAGAGUUUUUGUGUGUAAAGCUUGUACAAAUAUUGAUGAAUUAUGUUUACGUUUCGACAAUGUUAAACGAACUGGAGAUAAUCUUUUUAUAAUUGAUUAACGAUGAAGCCGUAAUAGCUCUAGGGUAUUUGAUAAAAAUUGCACAUCCGUAAAAAGCGUACAAUAAAGAUUGUUAACACUUGACCGGUGUCCGAUGCCCGCUUACAACCACCAA